AUGUUUGUGCUACCUCCCCCGCCACGAUAUCCCACCAUGGGGCCUUAUGGCGCCGGUGGUAUACACCCUGUUCCCAUGAUAGAGACAAACAAUACGUUAUCGAAUCCGACGGGUCCCGAAUGGCAAUUCCUGGUUGGAGAAGGCACGUAUACACUUAAAGAAGACUUACAUCUUGCGACACCUCCGCCCCAUCCUUCCGAAGCCACCGUCCCGAACCCGAACCCGCUAUCGACUCUUCCGCAGCCUGCCAGCGCCGGUACCUCAGUCUCUCUCAUCGCGCUUGAGAGUCGUCCGGCUCCAAACUUUCUGUAUAGAGGACUCUCUUCGACCACCCUCGCCCUGAGUGGCGCACCAUCUAGCAUUCAGGAGCAUCCCAACGAGGGCCGCUACUCUGCCGAAGGUGGCAAGACGAGUGAGGAGGGCCGUACCGGUUCGACAAGUGAUGCUCAGGCUACCUCCAUUACCAUUGGCUCUGCACCUGCUUUUGGCGAAGGCAAUGCUUUGCUUACCCAGGUGCCAACCAAGGAUGUGAACAAGAAGAGAAAGCCCAAGAACAACAUGACAAAGAGCAACUCGUCUUUCAUCUCUCGCGUUAUUGUCAACGAAAGCCUGUCUAAGAAACUUACGGAGCGAUCCAAUGAUGGCCUCUUUGCUUUUGCAAAUAUCAACCGCGCCUUUCAGUGGCUUGAUAUGUCGUCGUCGUCAAAGCAAGACUAUUUGACCAAGAUUCUUUUCACGAAAGCGCAUUGUCUAUGUCACGAUGUUAAUGUCCAUACCAAGAGUGUCUCGCAUCUGGAUGUUAUAAUGGGCUUCUCAACUGGAGAGGUUAUCUGGUGGGAGCCGAUCUCACAGCGAUAUACACGACUGAACAAAAAUGGUGCAAUUAAUGGAACACCAGUUGCGGCAAUUCGAUGGAUUCCAGGAUCAGAGAACCUAUUUCUAGCUGCCCAUAUGGAUGGGUCGCUGGUCGUAUAUGACAAGGAAAAAGAGGACGCUCAGUUCAACCCCGAAGAGGAAGCGAUUAAUGGAAACGUGAAUGGGACGAGUGGUGAGUCGUUAGAUGCCAGCAAUGGCGGAGCUCAUCACAAUUCUAUUCGAAUCAACAAGUCAGUGCAUUCCAAAAAUCAAAAGGUCAAUCCAGUUGCCGCCUGGAAGUUAUCCAACCAUCGAAUCAACGCCUUCUCCUUCUCGCCUGAUAACCGACACUUGGCUGUCGUGUCAGAGGACGGCACGCUAAGAAUUAUUGACUAUUUGAAGGAAGAGCUACUCGAUGUGUUCUAUUCCUAUUAUGGAGGACUAACAUGCGUUUGUUGGUCCCCAGAUGGCCAAUACGUAUUGACUGGCGGACAAGACGACUUGAUAUCAAUAUGGUCACUGUCGGACUCGGCUCUGGUAGCUAGAUGCCAGGGACACCAGUCUUGGGUAUCAGCCGUUGCCUUUGACCCUUGGAGAUGCGAUGAGCGAAACUAUCGUUUCGGUAGCGUGGGGGAAGACGGGCGUCUUUGCCUGUGGGACUUCAGUGUCGGCAUGCUUCACCGACCCAAAGCGCGGGCUGAGACGGCCACCACGUCCAACUCAAGGUUGCGAUCGAACUCGAACCUAGAUACUGAAGACGAGGAAAUGGCUAUCGCACACCCUGUGGAACCGCGGGCCAGAAUUCCUAUGCUCCCCCCAGUACUUAACAAAUCAAUUGAUACCCACCCAGUGUGUUGGCUGGAUUUCACAGAGAACGCUAUCAUGACGAGCUGCAAGUCAGGUAAGCAACACCAAGCCAAGCUUCGAUUGGACUAUUGA